AUGGUGGUUGUUGAUGCUGUGAUGAUGGAUGUUGAUGAGGUGAUGGUGGUUGUUGAUGCUGUGAUGAUGGAUGUUGAUGCUGUGAUGGUGGUUGUUGAUGCUGUGAUGGUGGUUGUUGAUGCUGUGAUGAUGGAUGUUGAUGCUGUAAUGGUGGUUGUUGAUGCUGUGAUGAUGGAUGUUGAUGCUGUGAUGGUGGUUGUUGAUGCUGUGAUGGUGGUUGUUGAUGAGGUGAUGGUGGAUGUUGAUGCUGUGAUGGUGGUUGUUGAUGCUGUGAUGAUGGAUGUUGAUGAGAUGGUGGUAGAAGCAGUGAUGAUGGUUAUAGAUGCUGUGAUAGUGGUGGUAGAAGCAGUGAUGAUGGUUAUAGAUGCUGUGAAGAUGGUGGUAGAAGCAGUGAUGAUGGUUAUAGAUGCUGUGAUAGUGGUGGUAGAAGCAGUGAUGAUGGUUAUAGAUGCUGUGAAGAUGGUGGUAGAAGCAGUGAUGAUGGUUAUAGAUGCUGUGAAGAUGGUGCCCCUUCCAAGGCUCUCUCUCUCCCCUCUCUUCCACUCCCCUCCUGGACCCUUCCUCGUUAGUUCCACCCCUAUUUCCUCCCUCUAG